GCGGGCCCGGAAGUGGCCGUGUGUGGCGGCGCCGGUGCCGGUGCCGCUCCCGGGGCCGCUCCCGGGGCCGAUUUCGGUGUCGGGGCCGCGCCCGGGGUGGUUCCGCUGCCGUUCCGCCGCCGUUCCGCUGCCGUUGCGGUGCCGCUCCCCGUUGCGGUGCCGCUCCCGGUGCCGUUGCCGCUCCCGGUGCCGGCGGCAUGGCGGGCUGGGCGCGGGGCUGGCCCGAGGCGCUGAAGGCCCGCGCCGCCCGGUACGCGCUGCAGCGCUGGCUCGGGCCCUUCCUGGAGGAGCCGCUGCGGCUGGAGCAGCUCGGGCUGGACCUGCGGGGCGGCACCGGCACCGUGCGGGACCUGCGGCUGCGGGCCCCGGCCCUGGACGAGCUGCUGGCGGGGGCGGGGGCGCCGCUGGAGCUGCUCGAGGGCGGCCUCGGCGCCGUCACCGUCAGCGUGACCCCCAGGCCCCCGUGCUGCUCAAGGCUCUGCGGCUGCGCGACCCCCGGCUGCUGUGGCAGGAGCUGCCCCCGCCCGGGGCGCAGGUGUCCCCCCCCGUGCUGGCCGCCCUCCUGCCGGGUCUCUCGGAGCUGCGGCUGCGCCUGAAGCAGAGCGAGAGCGCGCCGGGCCCGGCCGUGAGAGGGGACUGGGGGGACUGGUUAUACUGGGAUGGACUGGGUUAUACUG